GCUUGAAUCAACCUUUCCAGGCUUUUGUCACCAACACUAGCGUAACUGAAAGAACCUUUCGCGAUCCUCGCUAGCUAGUCGCCUGACCCUGCUGUUCACCUUUGACUGCUGCUUUUGCCCUCAUUUUAGUAAUACCUGCGCCCCUUCACGGCGCACAUACGUUAUGAUUGCUAUUAGCUGCUAUGACCGAGCCUAACGGCACAGGCUCUCUUCCCAAGCGGACUAUACGGGAGCUGAACGCUGCUGAAGCCCAAGUGGCUAGCCAACAACGAAGGCCAGCGACAGCCCGUGGUCAGGCGCAAGAGAAGCAGCAAGACAUUCAGAAGGAUACGAAGGAGGCCCCAACGGCAGAGGGAGCACCUGCCGCAGCAGGCCAGGAGCUAGCACAGCCAGCUCCGGCUCCAGAGAACGCAGGUGCACCGGAGAUGAAAGGCGAGGGUCAGACUGACAAGGACAAGGAAGGUGACAAGCCUGUAAAGGAGGAGGAGGCUAGCACUGCGCCGCUCCCUGACAAGGUCCUAGUGGGUGGGUCGCCUGAAUACUACGUGGAGCGCAAGCUUGGAAAGGGUGGCUUUGGACAAGUAUAUGUUGGGCGCCGGGUAUCCACCACAAAGCAGAAGGAUGGGCCACAAGCUAACCAGGUUGCGCUAAAGUUCGAGCAUAGAAGCUCUAAAGGCUGCAAUUAUGGACCCCCAUACGAGUGGUCUGUAUACAACUCGCUUGGUGGAGUACAUGGUAUCCCGAAGGUCCACUACAAGGGCCGGCAAGGGGACUACUACAUCAUGGUCAUGGACAUGCUCGGGCCCAGCCUCUGGGACGUGUGGAAUACCUCGGGUCAGGUCAUGUCCCAGGAGAUGGUCGCAUGCAUAGCCGUGGAGGCUCUUUCCAUCCUCAAGGAUCUGCAUGCCAAGGGCUACGUGCACGGUGACGUGAAGCCGGAGAACUUCCUCCUGGGCCAGCCCUGCACCCCCACCGAGAAGAAGCUGUAUCUGGUGGACCUAGGGCUUGCAACGCGGUGGCGGGACGCUGUCUGCGGGACACACGUUGAGUACGAUCAGCGGCCGGACGUCUUCAGGGGCACGGUGCGCUACGCCAGCGUGCACGCGCACCUGGGCCGCACCGCAAGUCGCCGUGACGACCUGGAGUCGCUUGCGUACACCCUGCUGUUCCUGCUCAAGGGGCGGUUACCCUGGCAGGGCUACCAGGGCGACAACAAGGGCUACCUGGUGUGCAAGAAGAAGAUGUCCACCUCUGCGGAGAUGCUGUGUCGCUACACGCCGCCGGCAUUCCGCCAGUUCACGGAGGCGGUCGUCAACCUCAAAUUCGACGAGGAGCCCAAGUACGAGGCGUACAUGAAGCUCUUCGAGCCGCUGUGCGGGCCCGCGCCCAACCGGCCCAUCCUCGUGGAGGGCGCGGCCAAGGUGGGUCAGAAGCGCCAGCGCGACGCGGACGAGCAGCUGGAGGACGCCGCGCCCAAGAAGAAGGUCCGCCUGGGUCUACCGGCGACGCAGUGGAUCACCGUGUACAACGCGCACCGGCCCAUGAAGCAGCGGUACCACUACAACGUGGCGAACACGCGCGUGGAGCAGCACGUGGAAAAGGGCAACGACGAUGGGCUGUACAUUUCCUCGGUGGCCUGCUGCCAGGAGCUGUGGGCGCUCAUCAUGGACGCGGGCACCGGCUUCACGUCGCAGGUGUACAACCUCAGCCAGCACUUCCUGCCCAAGGAGUGGAUCAUGGAGAAGUGGGAGGAGGGCUACUACAUCACCGCCAUGGCGGGCUCCAUGUCGGGCGCCAGCCUGGUGGUCAUGUCCAAGGGCACGCCGUACACGCAGCAGUCGUACAAGGUCAGCGACUCCUUCCCCUUCAAGUGGAUCAACAAGAAGUGGAAGGAGGGCUUCUACGUCACCUCCAUGGCCACCUCGCACACGCGGUGGGCGGUGGUCAUGUCGCGCAACGCCGGCUUUGCGGACCAGUGCGUGGAGCUGGACUUCCAGUACCCCUCGGAGGGCAUCCACCGGCGCUGGGACGCGGGCUUCCGCAUCACCGCAUGCGCUGCCACGCCCGACCAGUCGGCCUUUGUGCUCAGCGUGCCACGGCGGCGGCCCAUGGAUGAGACGCAAGAGACGCUGCGCACCUCGGCCUUCCCCAGCUCGCACGUCAAGGAGAAGUGGGCCAAGAACCUGUACAUUGCGGGCAUCGCGUACGGCCGGACUGUCAGCUGAGCUUGCCAUGUCUCAUCUGGCCUGGGAUCAAAAUCUUGAGUCAUGCAUCAUGUGGGGUGGUAUGUCUUUACCGACGCAUUAGACUGGGCUGGUAUUGGGGAACGCACGGGGGGUGGGAACAUCGCACUGGUGUUACCUGGAAUGGACUAGACCAGUACGUUUACCACCGCGACGUCGCUUUACUUGGCAGCUUUGCUGCUGCAUACAAUCCUGACCUAGCUUGGCACACGCAAGGAUUGUGUGGUGGCAUGUGUGCGUUGUGCGGCUAGCUCCUGACUGCCUGUUAUGUGUGGUGCGCAGGCAGUCCGCAAGUGACUUGUCAGCAUGCAGGCCGGUCGUUAACUUGGGGCCUGCAGACCUGCUGCCUAAGACCUGGGUAUGUUUUUAGGGGCUGCGCCAAGCCCGCAUUUUGUUUUUCUCGGCUUGGGACAGCAGGCUAGCGCUGGUGAUGUGCUUGGAAUGAGGUGAAGGCUCGACCGGCUGUCCGUCUAUCUUGCAAAGCGGUUAACGGAGAGGCGGACAACGGAUUUGUUUGUACAUCUUGAUGGUGCGCUUGGGUUAGUGUGGGUGAGGUUAACAUGCUUAUGUGCUGAAGAGACGUGGAUGACUGCACAGUGUACACGAAAGUUGAUUCGGGUUGAGCGCCGACGACGCGCUUUAUUUCUGGCCACUGCCGAACACUUUUGCAGCGGCCCGUUAGGCUGGCGGGAGGUAUAAACCUGCUUGGUGGGGGCCAAUACAUUAGUCAUACUUGAAGACUCUUUACCCUUCGACUAGCUUAUACUCCAGACGGUUCGUUACAUUUUACGGCUGGUAAGUUCUACAGCAUAAGCGCUGUGCUGCUAGGGAGAUGUUGUGGGGGUGGUGGACUGAGCGUUUUAGAGGACACGGCUCACCAAUGUGUUUCCGUGUCGCUCAGCAUACUUGAGGACUCCCUUUUGGCGGUUGGCUUUUGACAUUUGUGCCAUAUAACUAUAAAUAGUACGGAAAGGGCGGUUACUGCUCGCUGGACCUGGCUGGACGGUAUACUUCUUAUACUAACCCAUUCGGGGUUGUUUACGGUACCCAGAGGACAACGACUUUGCGGGUGUACGCUCGAACUGCGCUGCAACCUGAAAGUGUUUCA